GGGAUUGGGGAAGAGCCCGUGAAAAGCCGCAGGUAGAGCGCAGGUAUCGCUUUUUCUGGCCCCGGACUGAGUUCAGAUCCAGAGUUCGGCUGGCUAAGCUCGUGCCGCGAUCGGCGUACACUGCCACGCCUCCAGGCACCACGCCCCCGUCCCUGACACGAUCCCUUCACUGCAACAUGGACCGCAGCGGGAGCUCUGAUUUCGGCGGAACAGUUGCCGCCACAGGCCGCUCGCAUACUGCCCCCUGGAGCGAUGACAAGGAGUCGCCAAACAAUGAGGACGACUCCAAUGAGGACGACGGCGACCACACAACGCCUGCCAAGGUCACCGAUCCACUGGCCCCCAAAUUGGCCAACAAUGAGCGGAUUUUGGUUGUGUCCGUGACGGAAAGAACUAGAGAAACUUGGGGACAAAAAGCGGAGUUUCUACUGGCCGUCAUUGGCUUCGCUGUUGACCUGGGAAAUGUUUGGCGGUUCCCGUACAUUUGCUACCAGAACGGAGGAGGUGCUUUCCUGGUUCCGUACUGUCUAUUCCUGAUCUUCGGCGGUCUCCCUCUUUUUUACAUGGAGCUGGCACUGGGCCAGUUUCAUCGAUGUGGCUGCCUCAGCAUUUGGAAGCGCAUUUGUCCGGCCCUCAAAGGCGUGGGCUAUGCAAUAUGCCUGAUUGACAUAUAUAUGGGCAUGUACUAUAACACUAUAAUCGGAUGGGCGGUGUACUACCUCUUCGCCUCCUUUACAUCCAAGUUGCCGUGGACAUCCUGCGACAAUCCCUGGAAUACAGAAAACUGUAUGCAGGUGACCAGUGUGAACUUCACGGAAUUUGCCACCUCUCCAGCCAAGGAGUUCUUUGAGCGAAAAGUGCUGGAGAGCUACAAAGGCAAUGGACUGGACUUCAUGGGUCCUGUGAAGCCCACUCUAGCGCUUUGUGUUUUCGGAGUCUUUGUACUGGUGUAUUUCUCUCUGUGGAAGGGAGUAAGAAGCGCCGGAAAGGUUGUGUGGGUCACAGCUCUGGCUCCGUACGUGGUGCUUAUCAUCCUCCUGGUAAGGGGAGUUUCCCUGCCCGGCGCUGAUGAGGGCAUCAAGUACUACCUAACUCCCGAGUGGCACAAGCUGAAGAACUCAAAAGUGUGGAUCGACGCCGCAUCGCAGAUAUUCUUCUCCUUGGGUCCUGGCUUUGGAACCCUGCUGGCCCUGUCCAGCUACAACAAGUUUAACAACAAUUGCUAUAGGGAUGCCCUCAUCACGAGUAGCAUCAACUGCCUCACCAGUUUCCUGGCAGGAUUCGUCAUCUUCUCCGUUUUGGGAUAUAUGGCUUACGUGCAAAAGACCUCAAUCGACAAAGUGGGCUUGGAGGGUCCCGGGUUGGUAUUCAUCGUUUACCCGGAGGCCAUUGCCACAAUGAGUGGUUCGGUUUUCUGGAGCAUAAUAUUCUUCCUGAUGCUGAUCACCCUGGGACUGGACAGUACCUUUGGCGGGUUGGAGGCGAUGAUUACGGCGCUGUGCGAUGAAUAUCCUCGAGUUAUUGGAAGACGAAGGGAACUGUUCGUCCUGCUGCUCCUUGCCUUUAUCUUUCUGUGCGCCUUGCCCACGAUGACCUACGGCGGUGUGGUUCUGGUCAACUUCCUGAAUGUCUACGGACCUGGAUUGGCGAUUCUUUUUGUGGUCUUCGUUGAGGCAGCCGGAGUGUUUUGGUUCUACGGUGUAGAUCGCUUCAGCGCGGAUGUGGAACAGAUGCUGGGCAGCAAGCCAGGACUAUUCUGGCGGAUCUGCUGGACCUACAUUAGUCCUGUAUUCCUGCUGACCAUCUUCAUAUUCUCCAUCAUGGGCUACAAGGAGAUGCUUGGCGAAGAGUACUACUAUCCGGACUGGAGCUACCAAGUGGGUUGGGCAGUAACCUGCUCUUCGGUGCUGUGCAUCCCCAUGUACAUUAUCUACAAGUUCUUCUUUGCCUCGAAGGGCGGUUGCCGCCAGAGGCUGCAGGAGUCCUUCCAGCCAGAUGAAAACUGCGGAUCGGUGGUGCCCGGCCAGCAGGGCACCACGGUGUGACAAGACCACGCCCAAGUCCACCUCAACAUCCGCACCAGCUGCACCAGUAUUAAGAUCUACAACCUCAACUGCAGCAGCAACAGCAACAGCUUGUCACCAACAACCUCGGGGGCCGAAGGAAGGAGCUGCCACGCCGCCUUCCACUCAAACAAUCUCAACUGCAACCACAGCUGCCCGCCGGAGGAUCACAACAGAAUCCGGAACCAACAACAGUAUCAGCAUCACCACCGGAUCACCAGCGAUAUCAUUAGUGCUAGUCUCAGGCAGUCGCAUAGCCAUAGUUUAAGCCUCUGCUCGGUGCAGAGCAAUCCCAUGAUGACCCCCAGAAUCCAAAAUGCUGCCGAGGACAAUAACUGCUCGCUGAAACUCAGCAGCUGCCAGCCACUCAAGUUCCCGCUGGCCAGCGAGUGGCUGGUCUAAGGAAAGCCUCCAAUCCAAUGCACCAAGCGGGAGUCCUGCAAAGCAGCCAUUUUGCAGGACUCCUCGUGCACAGUAUACCAUUUCCCAAAAGGGAGGAACGAGGAACUCAACGUAUAAUCUAGUUUGAUUGCUUUGCAAGCUCAUAGUGAACAUAAGUAUUCUAGUUGUCCAACCAACGAUGGUGUUAGUAAUGAAACCCUAGCCUUAGUUCGUAAGCGUUAACUAGCUCAGCUGUAAGUGAAAUGAAGUUUGGUAAAAUGCUUUCUAAGUAAUAACUGCUCUGAAAAAGAGAGCGCCCUGUACAAUGCAUUACUCAGCUGUUAUCCUGCGCAAAGGAAAAGCACUGUAAAACAGCCAUUUACAAUGCUAUUCCGACGUGUCUGAUGCUUUAAUUUGGUUUUAAAUAUAAUUUCGGUUUUACGA